AUGCCUCUCGACCAUGGUCAAGCGCUAGGUCACGUUCGAACUCGUUCCAACACAACACAACCGCUCGUGUCUGGUCCCAACCUUUCAUCCGAUGUGGCUGCCUACAAUGGCGUCAAAUUUGAUCAGCACAGCUUUUGCGUCUCGUGCGCCGACGACCAUCUCGCCGCCGCUCAUUCAGCACUCAACGGCGGGAUCGAGGACAGCUUCUCGCACCAUCUUCGAGCAGAGUGCUCCGACUACCGCGAAAUCAUGUCGUCCCAGGUCAUCCUCAACGCCGCCGUCGACAAGCACCUUCGCAAUCGAAAUGCCAGCAUCGACACCGUCGACACGCAACGCUCCAGAGGCUUCUCCAUCAGUCACGGUCAGGUUCUCGGCGGUUUCGCCAGUCUCGGCUUGCAGACAGAAACCGGUUCCAAGCCACCUGCGCCCAUCCGCCAGCAGCCCACUCGCACCAUCACAAAGGCCUCCACCGACUCCUCCGACGCUCCUGCUACCCCCAUCGAAUGGAGGGACAGCUUCGCCACAUUCGGUGGUGGUGAUGGUGCUCCAUCAUACAAUCCACCCCCAAAGUGGGCGCACCUCACCGCUCGGCCGUGCAACCCGCUCGAGCCACUCGACAUUCUCUCGAUCGAGGAGAUGGGCCUGCACAGUCUCGACGUGGGUAGUCUCAAUGACUGGGAGGGAUGCAAGCUCUCCGCCGAGAUCCUCUGCCCCAUCAAUGGCCACCAGCGCAUCGAAUGGUCUGUGGCCGAGACAACCAGCAGGAACAAAAAGUGGGUCGUGGUGCCCAACGCUACCCUCACUUGCGGUCAGAUUGAUGAUUUUCCUCCAGCUACGCAGGCUGAGAGGACUGUCAUCGUCAGCAGCCGUUCCUUAUGGAUGGACGAGAGCGACGCCGCUGUCUCGCACCGAGAUCGGUCCCAGUCCUCUGCCAAGCCCUUCUCAUCACAGCGACAGCCUCCGCUCGCAGUCGUCGGUCCGUCUCAUCGCAGCUCGAUUCCAUUCUCUGGCAAGGCCGGGUUUGAGCUCCGUCUGCUCCGCCCCACCUCGGGUCGAAUCUGCCCUCCUGUCUAUCUGGCCAACGCUUCGACGCAUCGCUGGCUCCAUCAGUACCGCCACACGCAGACGCAAGGCCGCGUGAUGCAGGCUGCUGCGAGUGACCACCUCAGCGUUCACUCGUCACCGCAGGCGCCUGCCACGCUUCGAAGGUCGAGGUCGCGUCCUUACUUGCGCGAUCAUCAGGUACCGCUGCGUCGAUCGCGAUCCAAGCCGUAUCUGCGUCCCUCUCAGCAGCUCGACACACAGGCUGUAGCCACGGGCACCAAUCCGGAGACGUUCGCGCCUUCCUUGCCCGGCGACCCGCUCGCUCGCAUGCAUCCCGAGGAAUCCUGGCCCUCGGCCCGAUCUGGUCGACCCGACUCGAUGGCGUCAAUGGACUCUCCUGCGAGCAGCGACGCCGGCAGCGACACGGGCUCGUCGGAUGAAGCAGGCUUGUCGACGACCAACACGCGCGAAUCCACCUUGGGCAGCGCCAUUUCCACCUCGUACGAUCAGCCGCACAGCAAAUUUGGCGAGCCCACGAGGUCUGCCGCCAUCCCGAUGGCUCGGCGAGGCUUCCAAGCCGACCCAGCGCAACGCACCCUGUCAGCCACUUCCUCGGCGAGUCGCGGCAUGAGCUCCAAUUCGGAAGCGUCGGGCGCCGCGGCGGGGUGGCAACCGGGCAGCUUCGAGCAACAGCGCUACCAGCCAAAACCAGCCAGCGUCAAGGCUUCUUCGUACGAGGCCGAGUCUGGGCAAGCCACCUCGCCGGUCACCGCCUCGGGGAUGCCCAUCAAUGCGAGCACCAAGCAGAGCCGCAGUCGCAGUGGAUUGCAGAAGGCGCUCAAGAAGAAGGACAAGAUGCUCACCUCUUGGUUCAAGCGGAAGCCCGAGAACGGUGCUACUCCGACAUCCAUGUCUCCGACCACGGACAACGAGAGGCCCCUGUCUAUCAAUGGCAUUUCAAAGGCAAGCCGAAGUCGUGCCAACAGCGACAACAGGAGGGGCAACCGGGCCAGAGAUGAGUCCGUCAGCUCGGGAGGGGAAGCGCUGACGGAUCCGCUCGCUCUGACUGAGGCAGCGCUGGACAGCUUUCAACGAUCCGCGUUCGGCACUGCUUGUCCGGAUGCGACCGUCACGGCAGACUCGAGAAGGGGCUCGGAGGCUCCUACGCAAAAGGCGUUCGAUCGAUCUGCUAGCGUGGGCGCGGACAAGGCUAGAGGACAUGCGCUUCUCGGAGGCACGAGCGGUGCAGACCACCGCAACGCCGUCACCUCGGCGCUGUCGCAAGUGUACGGGUGGGAUGAGCAAGAGGCGGCUAGCAGAACGCUGCGCCCUGCGACCCGAAACUCGAGUGCGCCUUCGCCCUUCGAAGACCUGGACGAGGACCAUGCGUUGUUGGGAAUCGAGGCGGUGCCUUCGGGAGCGCUGACGAUGCUCAUUCCUCUGCCGCUCAUUGGGCGCAACCGAGCUCAGGACGCGGUGCGCUACAUGCGGGUUAACUUUGUCCCCUUUUCGGAAGGGUCCGAAGCCGCAGCGCCCGGCGGAUCCAGCUUGGGCCCUGCUGCUAUGCCGGGUGCUUCGCCUAGCGCCGAGGGCGAACCGUCCCUUUCUCACAGCGUCAGCUCGGGCAGCAACAUCCUAGCUGAGCGGGUUCCCGCUGGGCAGUCGGGGUGGAAGCGCAAGCUAGGCCUGUCGAGCAGUCGCGCCACACACGCCAACUCGCGCUACGACCUCGACGCUACAGCGCAAGCAUCGCCGCCUCUGCCGCCGACCAAGUUCGAACCGUUCCGCGUGACGGCGAUUGUGCACGAUGCGCCGUGGAGCAGCAGCAUGGGCGAUAUGGACCCACGCUUGCCCGAGUCAGGGAUUUUCCCGGUCGUGCUGGGUUAUUGUAAUGACGCCAAGGGAGGGUUGGAGAUGGUCCCGGAAGGGUGGGGUGCGUUGCGUUUGGCAGGGGUGCCCGUGCCGACCAAGCCGGAUGGGAGCCCGCUGGAUGGCGUGCAUCCACUUAACGGCGUGACGGAUGUGAUCAUUGCCGCUUGCACGGCGGUGAUGGAUGUGUGA